AUGGCUAGUCACCAGAACCUCCGCCAUCAAACGGCACCGAACCAUCCCGUUGUGUUCAGUGCGAUGGCAGAGUGCGUUCCGUCAAGAAGCGCUUGCAAGUUAAAUAGAGGUGUACUGCGACACCCAGAUGCGCCGCUACGGGAUAUAUACGCGAAACAGCGGUUUAAUAUUGGUUUUGCAAACCUGGAUCGCGGUGUCGAAGAUCAACCUACCUCCCCCAUUCUUGUUGAGGGGCAGAAAUAG